AUGUAUGCUGGUCAAACAUGGACAUUGAGCGAAGAAACGAUACUUCUCAAUCAUCACUAUCAACUUGGAGAUAUCAUCGAACGUGGUCCCUUAAGUACAGUUUAUCGUGCUGUACAUCGUAUAACUUCAAAACUUUAUUCGGUAAAAAGUAUCAAUUUACAAAAAUAUUCUAUUACUUCCGGAUUAACCCGAACAGAUGUGGAUAAUGAAAUUGAAAUUUGUGCAGUGCUGAAACAUCCAUUUUUGUGUGAAUUAAAAGAUGUGAUAGCUGGUGAAAAAACUGUUCAUAUGGUUUUUGAAUUUCUUGAUGGUGAUGAUAUAUGCUUUGAAAUUGUUAAACGAGCCAGUGCUGGUUUUGUUUACAGUGAAGCUGUUGCCAGUCACUAUAUGAGACAAUUAAUGGAAGCAUUGGAAUAUAUGCACAGCCAAGGAAUUAUUCAUCGUGAUAUUCGACCACAUAAUAUUGUGCUUGCAAGUAAAGAUAAUUCAGCACCACUAAAAUUGACUGGUUUUGGUGUUUCAAUUAAAUUACCAACUCCAGCUGCAACUAUUCGAGCUGGUCGUGUUGGUGUAUGCUAUUUUAUGGCACCGGAAGUUGUAAGUGAUGCGGAAUACGGUACAAAAGCUGAUAUGUGGAGUGCUGGUGUAUUACUGUACAUAUUACUUUGUGGACGUUUACCAUUUAUUGGCACACGACAGGAUAUUUAUGAAGAUAUCACUGAAGGAAAAUAUUCGCAUCAUGGUGGAACAUGGCAACAGAUUAGUGAUUCAGCAAAAGAUCUUUUGAUCAGAUUGCUCACCGUUAAUCCAAAUAAUAGGAUAUCUGCAGAAGGUGCCUUAAAUCAUGAAUGGUUACGUGAACGUAGUCGAUUUGCGCCUCGUAAACAUUUGCAAAAUACUGUGGAACAAAUUCGAAGGUAUAAUGCACGUCGAAAAUUAAAAAGCAAUAUAUUAUCGGCUGUAAACAACAAAAAAUGGUCAGAAGGAUUUGAUGCUACCGUAAUUGCAACACAUUCAGAUGCUGUGAUCAGUGGUGAUCUUUUGCCUGGUGGUGAUACGUGUGAUGCGGACGGUUGUACAAGACGUGGUCCGGAACAGGUGAUACCAAAAGAUUUAGCCGGUGUUGAAAAGAUAUUAACAUCAUUGGAUCAAAUAGCUACGCUUGCAGAUGCACCUUUUAGUGCUGAAAUAUUGGAUCCAUCGGUAAUAAAUUCAUCAUUGGAGAAUGCCGAUUUAAAAAUAUUAUUAAUGCUAAAAAUGGCACAAUAUAUUUAG